AUGGCACCUACAGCACGAUAUGAAUCUGACAAUGUCUCACCUGAUCCACUGGCAAAGCCUCUUGAGUUCGGUUUUAGCGGCAAGACCGCUAAUAACAGAUUCCUCAAAGCAGCCAUGACCGAGCGCUUGUCCUCUUGGGACCCGAAAGACUUUUCAAAACGCGGCAUACCAUCCACAAACCUCAUAAAUACAUUCAAGAGAUGGGGCGAAGGCGAAGUCGGUACAAUCUUGACAGGCAACAUCAUGGUGGAGUUCGACCAGCUCGAAGCGGCAGGUAACCCAAUCAUACCGCGUGGUGAAGAUCCCAGCGGUUCACGCUUCGAAGCGUUCAAGGAGCUGGCGUCUGCUUCCAAAGCGCAAGGGAGCUUGAUCGUUGGCCAAGUCAGUCAUCCAGGGCGACAAGUCAGCGAAAGUAUAAACAAGGAUCCCAUAUCGGCCAGUGACGUGCAAUUGGAAGGAAACGUGAUGGGGAUGACAUUUGCCAAGCCACACCCAGCUUCCCAAGGAGAAAUAGACCGAGUGGUAGAGGGCUUCGCCCACGCGGCAGAGUACCUACACAAGGCUGGCUACGACGGCAUACAACUGCACGGUGCGCACGGCUACCUCCUCGCACAAUUCCUCGCCGCAUCCACGAACAAGCGCACCGACAAGUACGGUGGCAACCUCGAGAAUCGCUCCCGCAUCAUCAUUGAGAUCGCUCAAGCCAUUCGCAAGCGCGUGCCGAAAGACUUUAUGCUAGGUAUUAAGAUCAACAGCGUUGAAUUCCAAAAGGGUGGCUUUGAUACCGAAGAAUGCAAAAACCUAUGCAUAAGCCUUGAGGCCAACGAAUUCGACUUCGUCGAACUCAGUGGUGGGACCUACGAGGAGCUUGCUUUUGCACACAAGCGAGACAGUACGAAGCAGCGCGAGGCUUUCUUCCUCGAAUUUGCGGAGAUCAUUGUCCCUGCCCUGAAAAAGACUCGGACUUAUAUCACGGGCGGCUUCAAGACCGUGGGAGCGAUGGUCAAAGCUCUCGACAUUGUGGAUGGCGUCGGUUUGGCGAGACCCAUAUGUCAAGAGCCGAGGAUCUGCAAGGAUAUUCUAAGUGGAAAGAUCAAGGGAGCCAUCAAGCAGAGGACUGAUGACCAGAACUUUGGCCUGACCAAUGUUGCUGCGGGCAGUCAGAUUCGCAUGAUUGGUAAGGAUCAGGAGCCGAUUGACUUGAGCCAAGAGGCGAAUGAGCAAGCUUUGAUGAAGGAUAUGGGACACUGGAGUGAGCUGAUGUCGGCGGAUACGGUCCUCGAUGGCGGGACAGGCUUCCUCAAAGUCGGCUACGCAGCCCAAAACUUCCCAGAACACCAAUACCCCUCCAUAGUCGGCCGCCCCAUCCUCCGCUCCGAAGAACGCGCUGGCGAUGUCGUGGUUAAAGAUAUCAUGUGUGGGGACGAAGCGGCGGCCGCGCGGUCACAUCUGCAGAUCACAUAUCCGAUGGAAAAUGGCAUCGUAAAACGCUGGGACGACAUGUCCCAUCUCUGGGACUUCACCUUCUACGAAAAAAUGCAGAUCGACCCCACGAACCGCAAGAUCCUCCUGACAGAACCGCCCAUGAACCCUCUCCGGAACCGCGAGCAGAUGUGCGAGGUCAUGUUCGAGCGAUACGGGUUCGGCGGAGUCUACGUCGCUAUUCAGGCUGUACUGGCGCUGUAUGCUCAAGGUCUCAGCAGCGGCGUAGUAGUCGACUCCGGCGACGGCGUAACGCACAUCGUGCCCGUCUACGAAUCCACAGUCCUCAACCACCUAACCCGUCGCCUCGACGUCGCCGGGCGCGACGUAACGCGCAACCUAAUCGCGCUCCUCCUCCGGCGCGGCUACGCGCUCAACCGCACCGCCGACUUCGAAACCGUGCGCCAGAUAAAAGAGAAGCUGUGCUACGUCUCCUACGACCUAGAGCUCGACCAGCGCUUAUCCGAAGACACCACCGUACUUGUGGAAAGCUACACGCUGCCAGACGGGCGGGUGAUCAGGGUUGGCAGCGAAAGAUUCGAGGCUCCGGAGUGCUUGUUCCAGCCGCAUCUCGUGGAUGUGGAACAACCGGGUAUUGCGGAGUUUUUGUUCAAUACGAUACAGGCGGCCGAUGUGGAUAUUCGGUCGUCGUUGUAUAAGGCGAUUGUGUUGAGUGGGGGGAGCAGUAUGUAUCCUGGCUUGCCGAGCAGGAUGGAGAAGGAGAUUAAGCAGUUAUGGCUUACGAAGGUGUUGGGGGGAAUCCGGAGAGGUUGA